UUGUCCAACGUGUGUCUAUUUGUGUGUCUGCGUCAUCAUUGUGAGGAGUUAAAAUACCUCCAGGAGCACGUAGGUUUCAGUUGCUGCAGUUAUAAAUAAAGCUGUCGCUGCUUUGACCUGCUGGACUGGAAACAUGGCACCGACGCUGUUUGACAGUGAACCAAAGCCUGGUGAUCUGAUCGAGAUCUUCCGUGGGACUUAUAAACACUGGGCGAUCUACAUUGGAGGACAUGAAGUGGUUCAUCUGAUUCCUCCAACGAACCCAGCGGCCGACCUGGGGCCCAUCGGUGACCUCCUGACGCUCUUCGACAGCAGCACGGCGACGGUGAGGCGUCAGAAGAUCUCGGACGUGGUCGGUUCCAGCCGGUUCCAGAUCAACAACCUGCUGGAUGACACGCACCGUCCUCGUGAGCCCCACGUCAUCGUGACAGCCGCCUGCAGGAUGGUGGGUCGGGAGCUGCCCUACAACGCCGCCACCUACAACUGUGAGCACUUCGUCACGGAGCUGCGGUACGGCGAGGCCGAGUCACGGCAGGUUCAGACAGCAGCUACAAUUGGAGGUGUAGCUGUUGCAGGCGUUGCCCUCGCAGUCUUGGGCGCCGCUCUGUUUUCCAGCUUUAACAAAGACGACAAUAAAAGAAGACAUCAUAAGUGACACCGAUAAGACUGGGGGGGGGACAAGGUUUUGUCUCAGUUUGAGUCAGUUCACCUGGAAGCAAUUACACCUUUAACUAUAUGAAAAAUGAUAAGUCCUUCAUGUUUCCAUCUGUCUAAAAAGCUAAUUUUAAAUGUUUUAUUCUUCAGUUGCUUUCUUUUUGAGAGAGGGUUUAUUUGCUGUGUAAGACAGUUCCUGAUAUAAAUGGUUAAAUCUAGAAGCUGUAAAUAUAGAAAAAUGUAUGUAAACUUUUAAAACUUGUAGUUUUACCUUGUUAAUUUGUGAAUAAGUAAAUGCAAAUACAUCUGAGAAAAUUUGUGAUGUAGUUUAUUUACUCUAUACUGCAGAGGACUGCUGACAUAUUUGAAUUUUUGAGCUACUUCACAAUUUACCACUGUUCAUAUGUUGACCCCUGAUAUUGAAGAGGCAUGUGGAGCAGAGUGGUAAUGGUCUACGUGCAAAGAGAAAGCCACUGUUAAAAAAAAAAAAAAAAAGCUCAUGUUAUAUCUGGUCUAGAGUUCACCGGAAGACAUGUGGAGACUCUAAA